AUGGGGAGAUCGUCUGCAAUGAAAAGCAGGGCCAAGAGCAAAGCAUCGGAGUCUCGCCAUGACUAUCUGUCUUCUCUACCAAUCGAGAUCCUUGAAAUGAUUGUUGAAAAUAUCACAGACUCGUCUACAAUGGGUAAAUUGAGCCGGACAAGUCAACUUUUGUACUCGCUCGCAGCGCCACGCCUACACCGGCGGAUGGUUGUUCUUGAAGCCUACCAUUCGCGGCUUCUAAAGAUGGCCAUAGCUCUCGACUCCCAUCUAACCAUGGCACAAAAAAAGCAACUUGAAAAGAAGGUUGAUAAAUACCAAGGCCACAAGUACCGAAUCAACCAGCAUGGGGUGCCUCAAUGCGCAUCCUUCGUCCGCCAGCUCAUUGUUGGUUCUUUCGGUUUGGGCGAACAACAUCAAGAAAUUGUGAACCAAUACUUGGGACAUGCACUGGAUCAUUGGAAAAACCUAGAGAUAGUAGAUAUUGGUUUUCUGACAAAGCCUAUUGCAGAGAAGAUAGCGUCGCUCGAAAGGCUAAAGGCUCUUUCAAUCGGCACAAACGCGUUCAGUGAAACCGCUAUCAAGUCACUGGCCCAAAUCCAGGGCUUGCAACAUCUCAGCAUGAUUGAAAUGGAUAGUUACCAGCUUACACCUGGCGAGAGCGUACUUGCUAGUCUAAUCCGCAAUUCAAAGUCCACACUCAAGAGCCUUCGAGUGAUAGGGAUAGGAUACACAACCUCUUUUCUAAAUCACUUGGGAGGAAAGGCGCCUACAAGCAGAGGCUCUACAAAUGCCCAGCAUCAUGUUUUCUCGGCCUUGAAAUCACUGACCUUGGAAGACACGACUCUAGACACAGAGGUGAUACGUCACUUGAAGGAUUGGGUCGAUUUCUUGGGACUCGACCAGCUUGAAGUCAGGCGAGUAUCUGGCGCAUGCGAGCUCUUUUUCAAAACCCUCGCGAAAAUGGCAACUGCAACUUCAAAUAUUCGUCUACACACCCUAUUCCUCACACUUUCCAGCGUCAGAAACGACGAGACAGAUGAAGAACUACAGCAACCAGCGACGAUGACGCAGCUUCAUAAACCACUCAUUGAAGAGAAAUGCCGAUUCAUCUCAGCGUUUACCACGCUCACAUCGUUGGAACUAUAUAAUGACUCGCGACACAUGAUUGAUACCACCGCCGACCCUGCCGUUGAAGAUCAGGUCCUGCAAGCUAUUACGCAGCAUAGAGGCCUAAAAACACUGAAGAUUUCAUUUGGUGAACUUAUAAGUAAUCGUAGAGUAUCUUAUUUGUCCGCAAAAUCUGUGUCAACUCUUGUCAAAAACUUGCCUCAUCUUGAGGAGAUCGAAUUCGCCCCGGAAGAGAAUGAAAUUGAAGACAUUGGUAUUGCGCUGUCACAUGCAGCUAAACUAAGAGCUAUCACAUGUUACCCCCACCGCAGCCAGCGGCGCUUUCCCUUCAAUCCUACUUCAGGGCGGAUCAUUCUUGAUGGCGUUAUCAAAGGAUUCUUAACCCGCGGCGGUGAGGAUAGAGAUGCAGCAAAAUUCAUAUGGGAGGACUGCUACAGGCUGGAGAGCAUAUCCGUGAAAUAUCUAAUGUGGGAUAUAGGUUCGAACCUGGGGAAAACACGAAGAGGGAUGAAGAAGGCAGAAGCCCUGGUGAGCACUGAUGGGGAACGCGAGGUGAUGUUUCGUGAGGUUAGGGGGUUGAAGCGGCCCUUUUCUAUACCAUUUGGUCACGACCCAGAGUUUACGUGGGUGAAUAAAGUGGCCAUGGAUAUUGAUUGCACCUAG